AGCACCACCAAUUCUCAUCGCCACCUAUAAAACUCUAUGCAUACAAUGUGAUCACUCAAUCUCCUCCGUUUAUCCUCUCUCCUAAACUGCUUCACGCUCGAAUUUAUUGUCAAUUAAGUACUAAUAAAACCAGAGGUUUUUUUUUCUGGUUAGGGUUUUUUAAUCUCAUUACACUCGAUCGACUGCCGGCAUUUCCUCUCAUAAUGAUGGCAUUGAUGUGAGACGAUUGAGUAGGAAAUGGCGGCAGCGAGAGGGUUUACCACGCCGCCGUUUGGUGUGAUGCGGAGAGCCGAUGUUGAGGUUCUGAGCUGGCAGAAUGGACUGACUUUGGAUGUUCGCCGGAAGAAGCGGCGGUUGUUCGCCAUCAAGUGCUGCUGCUCCGGUCGGAAUAAUGACAAGUGUCUCGACCCCAAUACGAGACCGCAUUAUCGAGCCCGGGCCCCUGCUAUGCCCUUUACAUCUUCUAAAUACAAAUUUUUUUCCAAACAAUAUAAGUUCUUCUCCCGCUGCACCCCAAAAAAUUCAGGUCCUCAGUUUCGAGAUUCUCCGCCUAAAAGAGAUACUGGUAUUGCCAACGAGAAAGAUUGGGGCAUCAAUUUGCUACAUGAUAGUGCCAACGAAUCUGGCACUAAUGAAGAUGGCAGUACCUGGUACCGUGAAAGUGGGGAAGAUCUUGGAGAUAAUGGUUACAGAUGUAGAUGGAGUAGAAUGGGUGGACAGAGUGCUGACACCACUUGUGAAUGGAAAGAAACGUGGUGGGAGAAAAGUGAUUGGACUGGAUACAAAGAACUAGGCGUUGAGAAGUCUGGAAGGAAUGCUGAAGGGGACUCGUGGUGGGAAACAUGGAGAGAAGUUCUACACCAAGAUGAAUGGAGUAAUCUAGCUAGGAUAGAAAGAAGUGCACAAAAACAAGCAAAAUCGGGAACAGAAAAGGCUGGGUGGUACGAAAAUUGGUGGGAAAAAUAUGAUGCCAAAGGGUGGACUGAGAAAGGGGCACAUAAAUAUGGUAGACUGAAUGAACAAUCUUGGUGGGAGAAGUGGGGAGAACAUUAUGACGGAAGAGGUUCAAUUUUGAAAUGGUUUUCAUUUGACACCAAAGGGACUGAUAAGUGGGCUGAGACAGAAAUUGGAACAAAAUGGGGAGAUAAGUGGGAAGAAAAGUUUUUUGCUGGUAUUGGAUCGCGUCAAGGCGAGACUUGGCAUGUAUCUCCCACUAGUGAUAGAUGGUCAAGAACAUGGGGAGAAGAGCACUUCGGAAAUGGGAAGGUGCACAAAUACGGCAAGAGUACGACUGGGGAGAGCUGGGAUAUUGUUGUAGAUGAAGAAACAUACUACGAGGCUGAUCCACAUUACGGAUGGGCUGACGUUGUCGGUGAUUCCACUCAGCUACUAUCCAUACAGCCUCGAGAACGGCCUCGUGGAGUCUUUCCAACUCUCGACUUUGGCUCAUCCCCGCUACCUCCUGCAGAGAAUGCUGACACCUCCAGUGAUCCAGAAUGAUGGUAUGAAUCAUCUGUACUUGCCAGAGAGGUCCAGUAAAAGAGGAAGCUGCUCCAUUUAUUCUUCAUUUCAUUCAUUCUUUUAGCAUUCAAUGUAAGCUCAACAAUGUAGCCAUCUGGUUGGACAUUUUCAAAUACUAUGUGAAGGUGGAUUGUAUUGCAGUUGAACUAGUCUUAUGGUUGUUGUGGUGGUGGUGCAUUGCGACCGAGACAAAAUGUGGAUCUUACUAUCCACUAAAACUCCUUUAAUUACAGUUUUUUUUUUCA